AAACUGAGUUCCACUCGACAACUGCAGCACUCUCUCUCGCACUGUUUUCCUUGUUGGCCCUUGCCGCGUGGACUCUUUGGGAGUGUAGGAACUGCGCGCCUUGCAGCAGCAUUGUUUUUCACCCCGAGCCCAUGCGGUGUGGGUCGCUGAUGGUGUGGAUAAACUGGAAGCGGGACGGGAAUGUUUGUGUAUUGCUCGCUCCUUCCUCGCGCUGAGCUACCUACCAGAGCCAGCCAGCCAGUGCCAAACCAGUGGGUUAUUAGUUGCGCGACAACAUUGAACGUAGUAAGACGCUUAUCGUCGGCCGCUUCGCACCCAAACUAGUGUGCUUCUCCACCUGCUACGAACCGAAGAUCGGAGAUUUCCCCCCCUUUCGCGCGCGGGUUGAGCGCCGCGUGUGUGUUAUCAGCACUCGGGAGAUUGGGAUGGAUUUUCCGGAACAGGUUAUUCAGUUUCGUCGAUACAGCCGGUUUGGACGGUGGUGCAGUUCUUCGGUUGUCUGUGCCGAACCGGUCAGCACUAAGCGCAAAUCCUCCCCCCGUAGAAUUAACUUCGGCAAAUGAUGAUCUGUUUUGCGGGAUUUUGUGAAAGACGUAAAAGCAGUGUUGUGCUAAUCUUUGGAAACGGACGGAAUCAGAAACGCGAAAAAACAGCAGCGGCUUAAGUUAAGCCGGCAAUAUAACGACGAACACCGUUCGCGCUGUCGCUUCCACAGCUUUGAACAGAGACGGGGGCCUUCUUCAGGGGGGCCGUUGUUGUGAUCUUCGUAAAUUCCGCAAGCCCUCCCAGUAGAGGGGAAGACACUAGCAAGCGCGCGAACAAGCCCUCUACACAUGUGUUUGGGGCGUAACGACACACUGGGGAGCGGACGUCGGCGAAACGAAACAUGAUAAAUUUGUUUUUGUGUUAAUUUUUAAUCUGAUUAAAGAGGGGGUUAAUUAAUGCAUUUAACAUUAAUUCGUGAAACGCGUAAGAACAGUCAGGCGAGCUCAGCAUCAAGCUGGAAGGAAGAUUCAACAGUGGUGCAUUUGUGCAGUUGUUUUUCCGAUUCCCCAAAUUUAUGGUGAUAUUUUUGUUAACUCAGUGAGUGCAGUGCAGAUUACGCUUUAGUGAGGUGACUAUUUCUGAGCGAAACAACGUUUGUCGAUCUACUAACUGAAACAGAUAAUGCUAAUUUGCGAGUGGAAGAUUAAGUGGGAAGUGAAAAUUUGUUGGCGCAUCGAGAAAAAGUUACGGCAGAACAAUUGAAUCCUCCAAGGCACGGGUGCAUGUUCUUUGGCAUGGAUUUUCAGAGUGCAAUGGAAACCUUCGCCGAAGCAUGGGUCGCAGCGAGUGCUGGAGCACAGCAACAAGCCCUUGCACUGACACGUCCUAAAUCGCCGAAGAAGGAAUCCUCCGUCCCGGUGUCACCCUCCAACGGUCGAGAGGUGGAAAUGUCCAGCCCGAAAGUGCAUCUUUCAUCAUCCUCAUCGUCAAUCGUUUCGGAUCAUCCGAACCCAGCAGCCCUCAUCGGAGGCGAAAACCUAAACUUGUGCUCCGCAUCGGCCACCAACGGCGGUGGUUCCUCCUCAAACAGGAGCAGCACCCCUCAGCAACAACAACAGCAACAACUCCACCACCAUCAACACCACCACCCGGCGAUCAGUGUUUCCCAAUCGCUAAUGGGAGCGAACGCGACCCGCUCGCUAACGCCACGGAUUAGCGUGAGCACUUCCCUGGCGGAAAAUGGAUCCGGAGUCACCAGCAACAGUAACAGUAACAUUCCAAUCAGCUCCGGUGGCGGUGGCGUCGCCAACAGCAGCAGCAGCAUUAGUGGUGGCAUCCAAGCUCCGCCGAAUCCGAGCAACGGAUCCGUCGUCGGUGACCGAGGGAUUGUACCGCAGUCGCCGGUGGCGGCCGUUGCAGCCGCAGCCGCAGCCAUGCAAGAUCGGAAGGAUUUCGAUUUCAGCAAAGUCAACGCUAAAUCCUUACCACUUCACUGCGUGGUAGAAUCGGUCAGCUCCCUGCAAGCAACGCUGAACUUUGACGCCCGGAGUCCCUGGAAACGGCGACCCAACAUCGAAACCGACAGCUACGUCAUCAUCCCGGCAGCGACGCCGUUCUGCGAUAUCGUAACUACAGCCCUGCAGCGACUGGGCUAUUCCUCGGAGAUUUCCAACGCAGCCAGAGGAUCAAUCUCCAUCAAGAACUGGAAGUCCCUCUCGUUGGACGCCAUCUCCGAUAAUCCGCUGGUCUCGGUGAACGACAUCCUCGGGGAAUUGACCUCGGUUGUCACGCUCAAGAUCACCAUCCUGCGGAACAAACCCACCCAGCUGGCGGAGAUCAAGGAUAAGCUGCUCAAGUUGCUGAUACUGCAAUCACAUGCCGUACUGCGGUCCACCGGCUGCCCGCUGGAUGAGAUCACUCUCUCGCAAAUAUGCCGUAGUCCACUACAAAACACAUUCCCCUUCACGCCGGAAAUCACCGAUGAAGUCCGCCGGAAGUUUGACCAAUGGUGGAGCAGCCAGCUAGCGCCGCAACCCAACCCCAUCGCCCACAAAAUCCUUCCAUUUGCUAAUCCCCAACCCAACGAGUUGGACUUUUCCAAUUUCAAUAUGCACGACAGCAGACCCGAAUCGCUUAUUGAUAGAGCUACUAAUCCCCACCACAAUCUAGUGGUGCAUCCAGCCCUGCAAACGGUACAUUCCCAAUACCCUAAUCAGAAGACUCGCAUGAGGACUAGUUUCGAUCCAGAAAUGGAGUUACCAAAACUACAACGGUGGUUCCAGGAGAAUCCUCAUCCCUCCCGUCAGCAGAUCCAGUCAUACGUCGUUCAAUUGAACUCGCUGGAAUCCCGAAGGGGGCGUAAACCUCUGGACGUCAACAACGUGGUCUACUGGUUCAAAAAUGCCAGAGCAGCACAAAAGCGAGCGGAAAUGCGCCAAGGCAUGACCAACGGCUACGGAAAUCCAAACAUGAUGCUCUCCCAGCCGGACUACAUGAAAAGCUCUCCCAGUGCUCCAUCCGAAGACAUCGACAAUCUCUCCCAGGACGAAAUGGACGAUGACAUGGAUCGACCACUUUCUCCACAACUUCCCCUAUCUCUCACCAUCCAUGAACGCAAUCGGCCCCUAACCCCAACCGAAGACACUCCCAUCAAGCAGGAAAACAUUCCAGCAUGCUCCAGUCCACCUCCCUCUCCGCCACCCACCAACAACCUAAACUCCAGCAACAACAACGUCAAUGAAUCGGCCAACGACUCCACCAGCCAGAACGAGGCACCCAAAUCAAACUACUCCAACGAGCGCUCCAGCUCCCCUCAGCGAUCUCGCUCGCCGGCAUCCGAAGAUCUGGACAUGGACGAACCGGAAGGGUCCACCAUCGACGACUACCGCUCGCCAUCGCCGGACUCUAAGCGAAACCUACCGUUUCCCAUCAACAACCCGAUGUUCUCGCACUCGAUCAUGUACAUGAGCCACUACAUUCCGGCGAUGCAGGCCAACGCCGCCGGGAUGCACCUCAAAAGCGAUCUCAGCCCGAACAACCACGGGGGAGCCCUCGGGCAGGGUGGAUUGAACCUGUCGUUCAACAGCGACGAACGGCGCAAGCGGAAUCGGACGUUUAUCGAUCCGGUCACCGAAGUGCCCAAGCUGGAGCAGUGGUUCUCGAUGAACACCCACCCGUCGCAUAAUCUGAUCCUGAAGUACACGGAGGACCUGAACCGGAUGCCGUACCGUCAAAAAUUCCCCCGCCUGGAGAGCAAGAACGUCCAAUUCUGGUUCAAGAACCGUCGCGCUAAAUGCAAACGCCUAAAGAUGUCGCUCUACGAUCCAGCUCAACUGGCCAGCCUAGGUGAACAGGCUCACCUGGCGAAUCUGCACGAUAGUUCCCACCUGGCUCAACUGCACGAGGCAUCACAGCUGCACCAGUUUCACCACGGGGCCGAUCGGGAGUAGAAUCAAAGCGCGGUAGCAUAGCUUCCAUUUAAUUGUAAAUUUUAAACCAAGUGAUAUGCAUAACUACUACUAUGGACAAUUAUCGGUUACGUAUUGGGUUCCCGAAUGCUAACCGAGGUCACACGGUACAUUUCUCUCACACAUCGCAAUCGCAGUAGAAUUUUUCGCUCAAUAGCUAUAAGUAGACUUCUUGCUGAUUUGAUAAAUCAAAGUCCUAGAUAAAACAAGAAAAAAACAUUAAUGAAUACCAAAGAACGAAGGAUUUCGCCUGUUUUCAAUGUAGAAAAGUUGCAGGUAAAAAAAUGAUUAUUUUAUCACUACGCUCCACUAGAAUGGUAAUUGUACGGAUUCUCCAACGCUACAGGCACCCUCAGCAUAAUAGUUGCAAAAUAGUUAUUAGAUUUUAGCCAUGCAAAUUUAACGCCAUGGGAAGUAAGCCCUAGAGUGCGCUGAAACCGCUUAUUGUGUACACACGUAAAACCUAUUAAAAUAAUUUCACAAAACGCCUAUAGAGGGCUGCAUCUUUCUGCCAUCAUACUUUUGGGGCGGGAAGAUGAAAUUUUGAUAGCGACUCCCCCCUGAUGAAAUCCAGCCUACAUACCAGCCAGGACACGGUGGAACGUGAAUGCGAACAAUUUGUGCGUUAUCAUCGGUGAAAUGGAAUUACGCUCCUAAUUACAUAAUUAAAUAAAUGGAAUGAAAAAUGAGCGUAUAUAUCGAAGCUGAUUGACGGCUUUAUCAGCGAAGAGUUCCUUGCCACCGUUCACACCGAUGUCUCCUGUGGUCUGGUAAAAGUUCCUCGUUCGAUUAUUUCGAAACAUCGCUGUCUCUGUACAUACAUAUCACCCGAUAAAUUAGCAACAAAGAACCACCCCACCCAUCGUCAAUCGGUUGCAUCGCUCAAAACCGGUGAGCCCAGCCAUUUGGAGCAUGAAGUUUAUGAUUAUUUAUUAAUUUAUAGCGGAAAAUAACCUAGAACGGAGUUGCACGUGCACACUCGCUGAUCGUUUUGCUUUAUGGUUUCAAAUGUAGUUCGGCAAUUUCAAGUUACUAAAUAUUAGUUGAAAAAGUUUACCCUUAUGUCCCAGUAGUGUUUCGCUGUUUGGAAGCCUUUUUCCCAUUGGAGUAAUUAGACAAGCCUAUGCGUUUGCGAGAGAUUAUAAUUUUUAAAUGAUGUUCAUACUUUUGAUACAGGAACUUCUUCAUUAACAACCUUUUGCCUGCGCAGGUAAUAAGCAAUAUUGAACAAAUUGUAAGAUUCUUGUAACUAAUUGUCAAACUUCACAAACAAAUUUCCGCAUUCCAGCUAAACUAAUUGGCCAAUACGUUCAAAUAUUGUUUGCAAUUUUUGUUUUGAAUCCUUCGGUGAAUUGUACCAGUCUAACACGGUUGCAAAAUAAAAGCCUCCGUAAAUACAAAAAUCACAUUCCAUUCACAGUGACUUUGGUGAAACUCCCUGUUGCUGCUCCCGCGGUGCAACCAGUCACCCAAACCAGCGGCGAAAUAAGCGUAUCACCACAUCAAUUACGCGGGACGGGUAUAUCCCUGGAACUGCUGCAGCGGAGGGGGUGAGUGAUUCCGCACUAUAAAAGUUGCCGCGUGCGCCAUCUGGGAAUCAAAAAUGUGUUCGCUCUAUUUUCCGCUAUCAGCUUUUUUCUCGUAAUCUGAUUGCACCGGACUGUGAACUGGACUGGCACGAACUGUGUGGGUCGGUUUGUGCACCAGGCUCUCAUUAUCGCCACCACCGAAAUUAAUAAGCCGCAUUAUUCGGAAUAGGUUAUUAAGCGUUCUAUUUAUUUUUUACCCCUAUUGUGAACUGUUUUAAAAUCCCAAUUAAUAAUUUCUCUGCCUGUUUUAUUUGUUGAAAGUGUGUGUUGGUUCGCGGAUGGAACUUUUGCACUACGAAAAUCAUUAUCGGUAUAUAAUACCUAAGUUACUGUUGAGUAUUGCAUUUUUAUUUCCAAGUUGGUGCACAUUGAUAAUCUGCAGCGAUCGUAAACUACGCAAUGAUCACUUUGUAAAUACGCUAGGAUCGUAAUUUUUCAAAACUUGUAGGAAGAAACAACAGAUGUUUUCAAAACUAAGAAGAAACGUGGAUAUCAAAAGUAGGCAAUAAGUUUUUAAAAUAAUCACAUCCCUAGGUAUUAUUGAACAAGAUGGAUUAAGAGAAGAAGUCACUAAGUAGGAAGAAAAUCCCAGUUUAGCUUAAUAGAUACUAGUAACGAAGAAAUGAUGCAGAAGCAGCACACGCUGAAUCAUAAUGUAAUUAUAUAAUUCAAAUAAAAGUUUCACAAUUAUAUGAGUAAUCUAA